AUGAUGGCAAGAAAAGCUCAAAGAAAUCCAAAAUUAUAUAUAGCAGCAGUUAUAGCAACAUCAGCGUUAGCAAUAAGUUAUAAAAUAUAUGAUACAUUCAUAAAAUCAACCACUACCGAAGAAAAUGAAAUCGAAAAAGAUACAACAAAACCAAAUUCACUAACAAAAUUACCAAGUUUCAACUUAUCCAAAAAAUAUAUAAAUAAACAAAUUGCGAUUACUUUAUCAUCAUCAUUUUUAUCAUCAAAAUUACCAUUACAAGAUAUAAUAACAACUCAAGAAAAUAUGAUAUUUAUAAUACCACCAAAUUUAAAUGAAGAAGAUUUAGAUUUAAAUAAUCAACAAGAAGAAUCAGCAAUAGAAUUGAAUAAUAAUUUUAAAAUUUUAAAAUGUUCAAAUUUUCAAGGUUAUUUACAAAUUUUGAAAAAUUUAAAACCUGAUUUAUUAUUAAUAUGUAGUGAUGAUUUGGGUAUAAACUUUAACAAUUUAAGUUAUGAUUUAAAUAAUUUCAUUUCAAAAAUUAUUAAUGUUGAUCAAGAUAAAGAUUUAUUGUUACAAAUCAAGCCAAUAUUUAGUUGA